AGGGACAAAGCUUACAGCACGAUAAGAGACGCGCGAGAGAAAAUGCAGAAGAAGAUAGGAUCUUACCUAUUGUACCAGUUGACGCAGUGAAAAGAAAUUAAGCAGGACUUGGAGGUGGGUUGGGAGGGAAUGGUCUUGGUGAUGGUGGGUCUUGCACGGAACCGUUGCUCGUUGGGAUGAUCUCGGUGGUGAUGCAGGGCAUUUCAUUUGGCUUGAAGACCAUUUCGAAGAUGGAUCGAUAUUUCGGCAACGGUAAAUUAUGGGUGAAGAUGAUAAAACUUUUGUCUUGGGUUUACAGGCAGCUUUGGCUUUCAGGGUGCGUCUUUUCCCCAGGUUGUACACCGCAUCGUGAACAUCCGGUUGACGGGAAGGGACCGCGUGGAUAUCACACUUCGGAUACUCUAACCGUGGCCCUCAUGCGUGGCAUUUUCCGGCAAUCAAUAUCUGGAGAGCAGUCUAGUUGUCUGCAAGAGUCCGAACGGGACUGUAUAUACGUCAGACAGUGGUCCUCACCGUUAUUACAACCAAGCUUCCUCCACAGGAAACCAACAGAACUCGAAGGGUGCGUGAACGUUUUCUGCAUUGUGAAAGGGUGCCAACUCCACUCUGCCAUAGCUAUCCCGGUCAACGGGAAUCGCGGAAUCAGGCUCAGGUGACACAAGCGGUCUGGAGAAGGCGGUUGCUUCCCCGGAUUCCUGCAGCAAAUACGAUGCUGCAGGUAGCUAUAUAAUUUAUCCUGCCAGUUAUUGUGUUGUAUACCGCAAAUAAAGCAGGUAAGGCAGCCAGCGGCUGGUAACCGCAGGGAUCUUCUCCCUAGAGCAUAUAUCCCGAUGGAAAAGGAGCCGAUCUGCUCUUC